AUGGUGUACAUGAAGAAAGGUACGCUUGGUCUGGCGGCGACUGACGGCGACAAGUCAACCUUCGCUAUUGUGGAAGCACACGCAGAUGCUUGGUUUAUUGUCGACCUUCUUGUCUUCUUCCACGUUCAACAAAUUUCUCUACUCGUUUUUCAGCUCCAGCCUGACUCUAAAAUCGCAAAGAACGGAUUGGACAACUUCACAAUUGGCCGGUUGGACGUCAAACAGCCCCUGACCGUCUUGUACACUUUCAAGGCCGAUGACUUCAAGGUUUGGUACACUCACGCGGGUAAGGUGGAGGCAGAAAUCAUUUCCAUCGAUCUGAAAACUUCCAACCACACAGCGAGAUUCGUCGCUAUCAGGCAAUCAGCCAUAAUACUUGGAUCAAGUGGAACUUAUAUAAAAGAAUUUGAAGCUUACGGAGUUGAACAACACGUAGAAGCGUACAAAGGAUGUUACAAGACUUUAAAACCGGAAGGUAAACCGACCGUCGUCCAAACCAUCCAUAGCUGCUUCGACAACUGCUCCUCAAGACCUGGCGUCGAAAUGUUUGGACUGAAAGACGGUAAAAAUUGCUACUGCACGAAAAAUGCCGAUACGCUGGUGGCUUCAACUUUCUGUCAAAUCCCAUGUCCAAAUAAUACAAACAGAUAUACAAAUGAACAAAUAGACAAACAUACAACAGCGAAACCGAAAGUUAGCGUUGACAUCAUCAACUAUCUGGGCUGUUUCGCUGACAACGUGCAGAAGAAGGCCGGCUUGAUGGGCGAAUUGAUUGACCGAGACAAUGUAACCAUCGAGAAAUGUAUCAAGUCCUGUAGAAGCAAAUACGUCGCCGUGCAGGAAAUAAUCUUCAGAAAUAUUUUUUAUGAUUUGAGCCAGGAAGGCAAGCUGUGUGCCUGCGCUGAUGGAUAUAGUGGACGAGGACCGAGCUCUGAGUGUAACAUGCCAUGUGUAGGGAAUCCAAGGCAGACUUGUGGGGGCAAGCAAGCCAACCAGGUUUAUGAAAAUUGUCAGAAAUUCAACUGCAGCGGAGAAUGUCACACGUCCGAUCUAGCAACUACCGUCUUCUCCAUAUGCUAUCCGAAAAUAUCAGAGUCAGAAAAGAAACCACAGUUGAAAGCCUGGGUUGUUGUCGUCGGAGUAGUAGCGGCCGCACUGCUCGUCGUAGCACUCAUUGCCAUCGGUUAUUUCUUUUACAUAAAGAAGCGUAAAGUAGCUGCCGAUACAAGUGAAGAUGGCGAUGAAUCGUUAGAAUAA